AUGGGCAGUUCAGACUCGAAGCUGAACUUCCGGAAGGCCGUGAUUCAGUUGACUACACGUAAUCAGCCCAUCGACGUGAAAGAUGAGCUGUUCUGGGAGCAGCUCUGGACCGAGAGCGUCGACUCCGUGCAAGAUAUAUUCGCCCUUAUGCCAGCCGGUGAGGUUCGAGCUCUCCGUGACGACGCACCCACGAACCUCGCGACACUGUGCUAUAAAGCAGUGGAAAAAUUGGCUCGCGCAGCGGACACUCUGCUCCAGGUAGACAGUCCUCGCGAACAACAGAUAGUUCUCAACUGUGUGCGACUUCUGACGAGGCUGGUGCCUUACAUCUUCGAAGAUCCUGAUUGGAGAGGAUUUUUCUGGAGUUCACUACCUGGAAGCUCCUCGAUUCAGGGUGGGGGACAAGGCGAUGGAGAGAAUGAGAGCCCUUCGUUGGCUCAUACGAUGCUGACUUCUCUCUGUGAUUUGUUAUUCUGCCCGGACUUCACUGUGCAUUCCGCUCGACCUUCGGGAACUUCACCCGAUGGUCCGGAUGAAAUCACGGAUUCUUGUGAGCUGAUUUGGGAAGCAGGGGUGGGAUGUGCAGCUUCUCCGCCACGAAGUGCUCGUCACGAUCAUAAUCGGACUGAGAUCUUGAAACUUCUGCUGACGCUGUUCUCGAAUACGAUGUAUCACCCGGCCAACGACAAAACAUCGAAUCGUUGGCUGGAUCUUUUCACAUCGGCGGACAAUAGACACGCCUUGCCGCUCUUCACAUCUCUGUUGAACACCGUUUGUGGUUUCGAUCCGUACUCUUCACUUGUGCCGCUGAAUCACCUAAUAUUCGAAGAUCAUCGAGAACCGUUGGUUGAAGUUUGUCUGCAGCUGUUGAUCGUGGCUUUGGAUCAUGAGGGAACGAACAACCUCUUCGUGAAUUAUCUAUCCAGGAUUCACCGCGACCAUGAUUUGGAGUUUGUCCUGAAAGGUUUCACCAGGCUCCUGAAUAACCCUCUACAAUCAACGUAUCUGCCAUCCAAGAAGAUUCAGUUCCAUCAAGAACUACUAGUGCUCUUCUGGAAAACUUGCGACCACAAUCGGAAAUUUUUGUUCUUCGUGUUGAAAAGCAGCGAGGUAUUGAAUAUCUUGGUGCCAACACUCUAUCAUCUGAACGAAGCGCGAGCCGACCCCUCCCGUGUCGGACUGGUACACAUCGGAGUGUUCAUUCUGCUGCUACUCUCAGGCGAACGGAACUUCGGGGUCCGACUGAACAAACCUUAUGCUGCAUCGGUCUCCAUGGAUGUUCCGGUUUUUAGUGGAACACAUGCCGACCUCCUCGUCCUUGUGUUUCACAGGAUGAUAACCACCGGGCAUGCUAGGCUACAGCCUCUCUUCGACUGCCUUCUAACAAUCAUUGUGAAUGUGUCUCCCUACUUAAAAUCGCUGUCGAUGGUCGCAUCCACGAAACUCUUGCAUCUGCUCGAGGCCUUCUCGACACCAUGGUUCCUGUACUCGAAUCCGAACAACCACCAUCUUGUGUUUUUCCUCCUUGAAAUAUUCAACAACAUCAUACAGUACCAAUUCGACGGGAACUCGAAUCUGGUCUAUACCAUCAUACGAAAACGGAACAUAUUCCAUCUCCUGGCAAAUCUACCCACCGACGGUGGGACGAUUCAGAAGAGCGUCGCGACUGGUUCAAAACCAAGCCUGAGCAAACAGGACUCACAGAUGCUGUCGGAUCAACGAGUCACCGGGGAAGAAUCACACAUCGUAACAUUGGCUGCAACGCCAAGAAUCGAUAAGAUGACGGAGAAGGAAGAAGCUCACAAAAUGAGCAUUGACAUGGAGGGCUCCGCGGAAGGUUCGGAAAGCAAAGAAACCCAGGGGAGCGACGAAACCGAGGAGAGCGAGGAGAAACAAAAAGAGCGCGCGGUUAAAAAACAGAACUCAGUGUCUAGUCAAUCAUCCAGUCGCGAUCAAUCAGAGUGGCGACCGACACCCGACUGGGUCAUAAGUUGGAAGCAGAAGCUACCUUUGCAAACAAUCAUGCGACUUCUCCAAGUCCUCGUUCCCCAAGUUGAGAAAAUCUGCAUCGAUAAAGGUCUCACGGACGAAUCCGAGAUUUUGAAAUUCCUGCAACACGGUACGCUGGUCGGCCUCUUACCCGUUCCUCAUCCGAUCCUCAUCAGAAAAUAUCAGGCGAACGCCGGAACAGCUAUCUGGUUCAAAACGUAUAUGUGGGGUGUGAUAUAUCUACGGAAUACUGAUCCCCCAAUCUGGUACGAUACGGGCGUCCAGCUGUUCCAGAUACAGACUGUCUAGCUCCGAGGAUGAAGGUCUCCCAUGACGAGUCGAGGCGCUCCUGGCCAUCCCUCUUCAAAUACCAAGCUUCCGAAUCCCAAGCUGUGAUUUCCCCCGCCUGCAAUGGCGUCUCGAACCCCCAUCACCAACAAUUCAAACGAAUUGUAUCGAGCCGGGAUUCCUAUCCGUAGUUCUCGCACAAGAGAGUUGCGAAACUGAAAAAAUCUCAAGUCAAACCGAUCAAGGGUCGAGUCUCAGUCAGUGUGAUAGCGUGCCGGGAAGAGGGCUUAACAGUCAACAGUCCCGCACGAAAUCUUCCGUAAUCGUGGCGCCGUCUACGACGGUUGAGGGAUCCUUUGCCUUGAGCCUUAAGACGCGCCACCGACUUGAGCCUCUCCCCCCCUUUUUCCCUCCCGGAGCCUCCAUCGCGGGUCUCCGACUGUCGGGCAUCCCGAUUCGACAAGCGAAACGACUUUGUCGACGAGGGUCAUCUAGUCAAGCUUUUCGAUUUGGGAUCGUCGAUGAGUCCGGAAAUUCUAUCCGAAGAAGUUCGUGGCGGCUCCGUUCCUUCCGGCGCUCUUCUCCGCGUUCUCGACGUGUGUUCCCUGAUCCCCUGCGGAACGUUCAAAGCAACCUAUCGGACGUCUUGGAGCGUCAGACGAGCUUUCCACCGUCACGGAUGUCGAUCAAUAAAAUAAGGUCCCCG